CAGACCGACGAACUAUGAACUUGUCCGUGUGGAUUUUAGUCUUAAACUUUUUCUUGUGCUGGACGUCAGUUAGUUCACAGAUGGGGUUUGAUGGUCCUCUCUCUGCACAGGAGCAGAUGUACAUCCUUUAUGAAAUCAAACUGCAGUGCCACCAGAACCUCUCCAACAUUGACCCCGGGUCUACAGGACAUGCUUACAGGAAGUGUGAUGUCAACGGUUCCUGGGUGUUUGUGGACCACUGGAACAAAACAUGGGCCAACUACUCAGAGUGUCUGCGCUUCCUUCAGCCAACUGAUGAAGAAGAGAGACAAGACUUCUUUGAGCGGCUGUAUAUCAUGUAUACCAUUGGCUACGCUGUGUCCUUCAGCUCUCUGCUAGUGGCCAUCUUCAUCAUUGGAUACUUCAGGCGUCUUCACUGCACCAGAAACUACAUCCACAUGCACCUGUUUGUUUCCUUCAUGUUACGGGCAGUCAGCAUCUUUGUGAAGGACAGCGUCGUCCAUUCAAGCGCUGGAUUGCAGGACUUUGAUUCUGCCCUGUUGGACAACUUAAAAACAGUUAGCAUGGCACCACUGGACAAAUCUCAGUAUAUUGGCUGCAAGGUGACAGUGCUGCUCUUCAUCUAUUUUCUGGCCACCAACUACUACUGGAUCCUGGUAGAAGGCCUCUACCUCCACAGUCUCAUCUUCAUGGCCUUCCGAUCGGACUCCAAAUACCUCUGGGGCUUCACGCUCAUCGGAUGGGGUGUUCCAGCUGUUUUUGUGGCAGUGUGGGCGAUUGUCAGGGCGACAGUAGCAGAUGCAAGGUGUUGGGAGUUAAGUGCUGGCAAUAUUAAGUGGAUCUACCAGGUUCCCAUUCUGACAGCUAUUGGGCUCAACUUCAUCUUGUUUGUGAACAUCGUUCGAGUGUUGGCCACUAAAAUUCGAGAGACAAAUGCAGGGAGAUACGACACGAGGAAACAGUACAGGAAACUGGCGAAGUCCACCCUUGUGUUAGUACUUGUGUUUGGCAUACACUACAUCAUCUUUGUUGGGAUGCCUCAUACAUUUGAGGGGCCGAGCUGGGAGGUCCGCAUGUACUGUGAGCUGUUCUUCAACUCCUUUCAGGGUUUCUUUGUGUCCAUUAUCUAUUGCUACUGCAACGGAGAGGUCCAGACAGAGAUAAAGAAAACAUGGACACGCUGGAACCUGGCCUUUGAGUGGGAGGGCCCAGUGGUCUGCGGCCGCUACCAUUAUGGCUCCGUCGUCGUCGGUAUCAACAACAGCACCAGCAGCCAGUCCCACCUGGCAGGGGGUGGCCCUUCCACACGCUCCACGACGCUCGUUUCAAGCCGUGUUUGCCGGAGCACAUGUCCCCCCGUGAUCAGCAUGCACUCCACCCUCCCAGGUUAUGUGAUCAGUAACUCGGACCCAUCAAUACCUGAAGAACCUGAGGACAGCGGCCCCAAGCGGGUGGACGACAUCUCGCUGAAGGAAAAUCUGCCUGUUCUUAGUACCAGUGCAACAGCUGAGGAUGAGGAGGAAACACUGUAGCAGCCGUCCAAAUAUUAAAACAUGUGGUAGAGAGUGAUGGAAAAGUUUGUAGGUGGAGCUGUGCUAACUGAAUCCAGUCUCAUCUAAAAAAACUCUAAAGAUGGUAUCAAAGGCUAAAAAAAAAAAGUUUCACUGUGUGUACAAGAAAUGGAAAAAUAUCAUGGACCCCCUCCCAUAUGUACUUAUUAAAAAAAAGUAAUAAAAUCACAGCUAUACAGUUAUGAAGUUGAUUGCUAGGUAGCAGCAUUGGAAAAAACUUCUCAGGGAGGGUUAUACCAUAGUGCCCUCUAUUGCUAUUAAUGCAAAAUAUGCUGUUGCUUGGAUUGUGGUGGACAAAACAUCUUAUGGAAAUUUAUUUAAAUAUUUUCAGUAAAGUGCAGGGGUGAAGUGAGGAUAAUAAUAAGCAGAAACAAAUCACACGGAAACACUUGUGAAAUAUACAAUACAACAAUAAUUAUAAACUGGGUUAGGCUUUGUCAAUCUCUUCCUUUCAGGAUUUCUUUGUGUCCAUCAUGUACUGUUACUGCAACGGAGAAGUGAGUGGAUGUUUCUUUCCAAAUGGUAUUGACCACACAGGAGAAGCACAAACAAUGCAAUCUAAAGCAAAUUAAAAAGUUUGCAAAUUACAAAACCACACUUGGUUUCAGAUCAAUCAUAGCUUCUGGAAAUUGGUACUGACAGAUUUAAUCUAGGGUCUGGCUGAAGUAGUAAAACAGUGACAUAAGCUACUUUUCAAUUAUUCUGUCUCUUGCCCUCUGAAAUAAAAUGUGUAGAAAAAAAGCACACAAAAACACUUGAAAAAUAUACAACAAAAAUUAUAAACUGGGUGAAACAGGUGGUCAGGAAAAACUAAAAGGUACUAGCAGCAUGAUAGCUGUAGAAUAAAACUCAUCUCCUGGAAUGAGGAGACUUGAUGAACCUUGUUCUUGCCAAAUUGCCUGAAUUUAAACAUAGGCUAUAUUACUGUAUGUCAUUUCUCCACAUAUUCCAAAGCUACAUAGAAAAUGUAAUUUACAGCCAUUUACAGGAGUUUCUAACCCUCUUGUUAAUUACGAUUUCAGCAGUAUCUGUCAUGCGAGAGGAGGAUACAUCCUUGUGAUGAAUCCUUUUUAUGGACAAAUUCAGUGUCGUGGUGACCUAAUGUGCUUGCUUGUACAGUCUUUGUGAAGAAUAUUGCAUUUUGUGCGGACAAACUUACUGGCUACAGCUGCCAAUUGAACAAAAAGGAAUGUAUGCAGUUUAUUUUGUAUUUGUAAAAUGAAAUGAAGAUAUUGAUCACUUCUCGGGACAUGUGUGAACAGACAUUUUGACUUUGAUCUGUGGAUUCAUUUGCUAUUAUUACUGCUUGUAAGCAAGUCUUGCAACCUGGCAAGGCCAAAACCAUUGUCAGUAGCACAUACUGUUUUAUUACACAUCAAAAGUGACAUUAAGUUCAAAUCAACUUUUUCUUAAUCUUUUACAAUGAACUAUUGUGUGACUGCGAAGGGCUACACUUGGUGGCUGCUCAAGGGUUUUGUGUCUGCUUUGUGCAUGCAUGUCAGUACAUUUGGUGCUUGUCAUGAAAAGAGAAUCUUUAUUGUACACGUGCCUCUCCUGCUCCAGCAGAAGCUUUAUAAAAUGGACUUGAAAUGA